CGAUCAUUUCAAAACUUUGUCGGCAUCAGUUCGGUCCAUUUUAGUCCAGUUUCUUAUUAACGAAAUGUCGGAAAAUCAGGGGCGUGGACAUAGACGUCCAUAUGGGACAUUAGAUGCAUCUUUUGACCAGCCAGGGUCUAGUAAAACUGAUAAAAGAGAGGAGCCGCGUGCAAAGAUUUUCAAAGGACAAUCUGAGGCUUCCACAUCGGGGCGGUCCAGUGGCGCUGCAGCCAAUCGUGACCCAUCUCAUGUGUCAUCGAGACAGGAAGGAGGUCCAAUGCAGGAACGGCAGCACUUGGAUCGCUUUGAUAUUGUGAAGACACGUCCGGCUGAUGUCGUGUCGAAGCAAGGCCAUGAGGGAGAACCUAUUCGCUUGCAAUCAAACUUCUUUCGAUUACAAACCAAGCCAGAGUGGCGUAUAGUUCACUACCAUGUGGAUUUUGAGCCUGAGCUGGAAAAUAUACGCGUGCGUAUGGGCAUACUGUCAAAUCACACUAAUAUUUUGGGAUCAGGCUAUUUAUUUGAUGGAAAACAAUUGUUCACAACCAAAAAAUUUGAGAAGGAUUUAACUGUGCUGUGUGGACAAUCAAAAAUGGGAAUUGACUACAAAAUAUCCAUAAAGUGUGUGGGAAUUAUAUCGAACGCAGAACCACGCUUUUUGCAAGUGCUAAAUCUUAUUUUGCGCCGCUCCAUGAAGGGUCUGAAGCUUGAGUUAGUUGGGCGCAAUCUUUUUGAUCCACUCGCAAAGAUACCGAUCCGAGAUCAUCAAAUGGAACUCUGGCCAGGAUAUGAAACUUCUAUCCGACAACACGAAAAAGAUAUUAUGCUGUGUACAGAAAUAACACAUAAAGUUAUGCGCACUGAAACUGUGUAUGAGAUAUUGAAACGUUGUUCUAAUAACCCCUCACGCCAUCAAGACGAAUUUCGCGUGAAUGUUCUAGAUUUGGUUGUUCUUACAGAUUAUAACAACAAAACAUACCGCAUUAACGAUGUGGAUUUUGCACAAACCCCAAAGUCUACAUUUAGUUGCAAAGGGAAAGAUAUUAGUUUUAUCGAGUACUAUCUGACUAAAUAUAAUAUACGCAUUCGUGACCACAAUCAGCCCUUGUUAAUUUCAAAAAAUAGGGACAAGUCUCAGAAAACCAAUGCCAGUGAUGUCGUAGUUCUUAUUCCAGAGCUAUGCCGAGUUACCGGACUUACUGACGCCAUGCGCUCUAAUUUUCAACUAAUGCGAGCAAUGUCAGAGCACACACGCAUGAAUCCUGACCGCCGCAUUGAUCGUUUGCGUAGAUUCAACAAUCGUUUGCAAACCACUGCCGAUAGUGUGAAGGUACUAAAAGACUGGAACAUGAAACUCGAUGAAAAUCUGACAGAAGUACAAGGACGGAUAAUUCCACCGCAGAAAAUUGUCUUUAAUCAAUCAAAAUGUUCUGCUGGCGAAACUGCCGAUUGGACAAGAUGCUUCCGUGACCAACGGCUGCUCACAACUCCCAGUGAGGGUCUCGACCGGUGGGCCGUAAUUGCACCGGAGCGCAAUUCCUUUGACCUUAAAAAUUUGCUUGAAAAUUUGCUUCGUGCCGCUUCUGGUAUGGGGCUGAAAAUAAGAAGCCCACAUGAAUUAAAAAUUUACGAUGAUCGCACUGCGACAUAUGUGCGCGCUAUGGAUGAUUGUACGCGCAUGGAUCCAAAAUUAAUCUUGUGUCUUGUUCCCAACAAUAAUGUAGAAAGAUACUCAUCUAUUAAAAAGAGAGGAUGUAUUGACAGAGCCGUUCCUACUCAAGUUGUGACUGUAAAAACUUCAAAAAAUCGAGGCCUUAUGAGUAUUGCAACAAAAAUAGCAAUUCAAUUGAAUUGUAAAUUGGGGUACACACCAUGGAUGAUUGAGUUGCCACUUUCCGGUUUAAUGACCAUUGGCUUUGAUAUUGCGAAAAGCGCACGAGACCGCCGCAAGGCUUAUGGUGCUUUAGUUGCUUCAAUGGAUCUUCAGCAGAAUUCAACUUACUUUAGCACGGUAUCUGAGUGCAGUGCCUUUGAUGUGCUAGCUAAUACUCUUUGGCCAAUGAUAGCCAAGGCCCUGAGACAAUAUCAGAGAGAGCAUCAAAAGUUACCAACACGUAUACUAUUUUAUCGGGACGGUGUUAGCGCAGGAUCUUUAAAGCAGUUGUUCGAAUACGAAGUGAAAGAUAUUGUGGAAAAGCUUGAUAUUGAAUAUAAGCGUGCAAAUAGUGCUCCACCGAUGCUGGCAUACAUUGUGGUCACUAAAUCUUGCAACACACGAUUUUUUAGAAACGGAAGAAACCCCCCCCCUGGAACGGUAGUAGAUGAUAUUGUCACUCUUCCCGAAAGAUACGACUUUUACUUGGUGUCACAGACGGUUCGCCAAGGAACAGUAUCGCCAACUAGCUACAAUGUGCUCUAUAGCAACAUACGUCUCAACCCUGACCAAAUCCAAAAGCUCACAUAUAAGAUGUGCCAUCUUUAUUAUAACUGGUCGGGAACUACACGGGUCCCAGCUGUUUGCCAGUAUGCUAAAAAACUAGCUACCCUUGUAGGUACACAUUUGCACGCCAUUCCACAGAAUGCACUUGAGAAAAAGUUUUUUUAUCUUUAAGUUUAUCUCCAAUUUAUCUACAAUUUUGAUCGUAGAUAUGCAAAGAAGCAUUCUUAAUUUUUGUAUUGCUGAUGUAACAUUUUUAUUUUAUUGAUAUCUUAAGUGGAACGCUAAUUAAAGUUAUACUAAAAAAAAUAU